UACUCGAGCUUGCACCGUGAGGUUGCGCGAGUUGAUUCGUUGUGCAGAUUGUCUUCGAUAACUUCCAGCAAUGCGUUUCGCCACGCUAGCACUGCUGGCAGCCACCCGUGCCGCCGGGACCAAGAGCAGCCUCGGCCCUGCAGCCCUGGCUCCGCAACAACAGCGGGACGCAGCCAUCGAUGCACUACGCCAUCAUGUAAACGAGGAGGUAGAACAGCGCCACCUGCGCGACUUACUAGAGGACGAGGCCCGCUGCAACGCGUGCACCGCCGAGGCGUGCGGCCUCUACCUCGACUUCGCGCGGCAGAAGGUCACAGUUCAUACAAUCGAUUUGUUGAUAAACGUGGCAAGAGCCUGUAAUGUGGAAGAGAAGCGCGACGCCAUGUUCCGGGGCGAGGUGAUGAAUCCCACGGAGAAUAGAAGUGUGCGCCACGUGUCGCUGCGAGCGACGAGGGGCGACCCAUAUGCAAUAGAGGAGGCCCAGGACACGCUGGACCGCGUUUUAGAUUUUGCGCGGGCCGUAAGAAGUCGCCACGUCAGGGGCAGCUCGGGCGAAGCACUCGUAGAUGUGGUCGCGAUCGGCAUCGGCGGAAGCUCCCUAGGACCGGCCUGCGUCCACGAGGCGCUCGCUUCGGAGUACGCGAGCGAAGCGGAUGGUAGACGGCUCCGAUUUAUUGCGAACGUCGACCCCGUCGAGACGGAGAUGGCGUUACGAGAUUUAGAUCCGGCCUCGACUUUAGUGAUCGUGAUCUCCAAGACCUUCACGACGAAGGAGACGAUGCUCAACGCGGCGUUGGUCAAGACGUGGCUCGGUGAACAAUACGAGAGUCAUAUGUGCGCCGUGACGGCCGCCGCGGAAAAAGCCCGCGCGUUCGGCUGCGAACGAAUUUUUGGGUUCGGCGACUAUGUGGGAGGCCGCUACUCGGUCUGGUCGCCCGUCGGCUGCCUGCCGCUCGCGCUCCAGUACGGCGUCCGGCCCGUGCGCGAGCUGCUAAGGGGCGCGCGGGCCAUGGACUUACAUUUCCGCGAGGCGCCUUUGUCUGAGAACCUGCCGGUGUUGCUGGCCCUCGUCGGCUUCCUCAACGCCUUUAUAUAUGAAAGGGACUGCCGCGCGGUGCUGCCCUACGCGCGGGCCUUAUCGCUCUUCCCCCGCUACGUCCAGCAGCUCGAGAUGGAGAGCAACGGGAAGGGCGUCGACGUCGAGGGGAACGCGCUAACCGAGCCGGCGGGCGAGGUGGUCUUCGGCGAGGCGGGGACGCCGGGCCAGCACUCGUUCUACCAGCUGCUGCACCAGGUCCGUGCUUCCCGCGUCUCGCGGUUCUACCCCACCGCGCUAUCGCCCGCGGGGCUCGCGAACGCGUGCCUCCGCCGCCGCCGCGACGCGUCGACGGCGCGCGCAAUCGCGGCGUGCUUGCGCGAACACGUUCGCCACGACGCGCGGACGAGCGGCACCAAACGCCAUCGCUGCGCCCCGCGCAGGGCCUGCGCGUCGUGCCCUGCGAGUUCCUCGGCGUCUGCCAGGGCGACGGCGAGAACCACGACGAGCUCUUCCGGAACUUUUGUGCGCAGGCCGACGCGCUGGCGCUCGGAGAUGACGGGGGCGGGGACAAUCAUAGGCGGUGCCCGGGCGACCGGCCGUCGCUUUCGUUGAUGCUCGACCGCGUCGACGCGUUCCACGUCGGCGCGCUGCUCGCGCUCUACGAGCACCGCACGGCGGCGCAGGGCUGGCUGUACGGCGUGAACUCCUUCGACCAGUUCGGCGUCGAGCUCGGGAAGCGCCUCGCCGGUUUAAUCGAGUCGGGGGACGCGGCGACGGCGUCGACGCGGGCGCUGCUCGCGCGGUACCGGGCGAAGCGCGUGGCGCGGAUGGAGGCGCUCGCUGCUGGGGGCGGCGGCGCCUCGGAGUAAGUUGUUGUGUGUCGC